AUGACUAACCUUCAGACUCAACCUCAAUCAGAAGGUAAACGUAAACGGGGCAGGCCACGCAAAAAUACGAAUAUUGAUGUGAGUUCUUUAAAGCGUAUUCGGCUUAACCUGAAAGGUAAAGCAAAGAAAAUCGAAACAAUACUGUCGCCGAAAGUUACCGAUAAUAUACAAACACCGGAAAGUAGUGAUGAAAUACAGCAGAUAGGCACUCAACAAGAGGUAAUUAGUAGUGAAGCGCAGCCCCUGGUGUCCACUCAAGAAGAUGAAAUAUUGGAUGAAAAAGGCGAGUUAAAAAUUACCAAGGAUGGUGAGCUUUUAGGCGGAUGCGUUAUUUCGGGACUAUACGGUCGAAAAUUCAAAGUACCAGUUUUUCAAUUACCCACUCGCGGAGAAACGUGGUAUAUGUGUUCCAUGGAUCCUUCUAAGGUCCUUGGAUUUCGUGAUAGUUAUACAUUUUUUACAAAAAAUCCGUCAUUAAAGAGAAUUCCUGCAACAAACGAAGAACGUGAUCAUAUGAUUGCUGCUGGAUUUAUUCCAACAAAUCUUCGAAGUAGACCAAUCACUCUUGUAUCUGCUAGAUCAAUUUUCAAGUUAUUUGGUUCGAGAAUUAUUCAAGGUGGUAAGAAGCGACAAGAUGACUAUUACGAAUCCAGAUUCGAAGCAGAGCCAAAUGAAGAAGAUCAAAGUUCAGAAACAGAAAGCGCUAAUAACGCUCUACUAAAACGCACGAUCAACAAUCAUGUGGCAAUAAACAAAAUUAUUAAUAAUGAUCCAUUAAGCUGGAUGUAUAGGCUCUCACUUUCAACUCGGAAUUUUAAUACCCAGUUGAAACUUAUUCGACAGGAUGGUAUUAAAUUUUAUGAUCCCCACACCAAUAUUGAGCAAGUCCCUCGAGAUAUACAACCCACAAGAAUUCGAACAGAAAUGAUAUCAAAAACAAGGGAUAAUACGAUUAUUGAAUCAGAAAUCAAGUUUGAUACAGUUUCUAGAAAUUUUCUUGGAAUACUUAGUCCAGAGGUCAUGAAUGUUUUACCGGCGGAUAUUCGAAGCAUUGUUGAAGUUAUGAAUAACGAAGAGAUUACAUUACAUGAAGAGAAUAAAUACCCUAUUGCAUUGAUGGAUGGACAAUUCCAAGCUUCAUAUCCGUUAUAUAAUUCAAGAUUUCAACCUGACCCCUCCUCUAAAGUAAAUAAAUUUACGUCACCACAUAUUUCUACCGUUUCUUUGGUGACUAACGAGGAUCAAUUCCAUAAUCAGAACAAUAACCAGAAUGGAAAGAGUAGCCUACAAUUUAGUAAGGCUAAUCCUCAAUAUAUUUGUGCGGUUAUAACUGCAACAACUGGAAUGCCAUGCAGGCGUGCCGUGACAGCAAAUGGGGAAAGAUGUAUGUAUCACAGGAGUACACCACGUGUGACUUGUCACACUGAUGGGAAAUCAUGUACUAGUGUUAAUUUCGAAUCCGAAGCUUCACGUUUGGCUCAGCAAGCUGUCGUGACAGAAUCAUGCACAAUUACUUCAGAAUCUAAUGCACAGUCCAUUGCCGUACCUUCUGAGAAUGCUUGUGCACAAUGUUUAUCUGCUACUGUUCCCUUACCAGUGAUUUCGUCUGAUGGCGUAUUACCAUGCUCAAAUGAUUAUACUAUCAAGUGUUCUCAUUGCCAACGCAAAUUCCAUCCGUUCUGCUUAACCCUUUCACAUUCAAGACUUUCAAGGCUUUUGGUAGCAAUGGAAAGUUACCAAUGGCAAUGUAACGAUUGCAAGACAUGUGUUGUAUGCAGGUCUUCUGGUGACGAGGCGACAUUGCUGAUUUGUGAUGAUUGUGAUCGUGGUUGGCACCUUGAUUGUAGUUCACCAAAAGUGACCGAAGUACCAAACGAGCUUUGGUUAUGCUCACUUUGUGCACAAUGUGAUUCAUGCAGUGAAAAGGCAGCUUCUUUAAAUAACGCAGCAAAUAAUUAUCAUCAUGUCAAAACAACGGAGGCAACAAACUACCCGAUUCAUUUAGCCACUGUUUGCAAUAAAUGCCAAAGCAAUUUCACACAAGAUCUAUUUUGUCCAAUGUGUCUCAAAACUUACUCAGAAGAUGGGCAAGAAAAUGAUGACGACAAAUAUAUGGUCUGCUGUGAUGGAUGCGAUCGAUGGAUUCACGCUAGGUGUGAUAAUACUCUCACACCUGAAAAAUAUCAAGAAUUGGCAGAUAUUCCGGACGCUAAAUACAUAUGUCCAUUGUGCGAAGGUCGUAUUCGACCACUAGAAGAAGGAAACAAGAAGCAACAAAACGCUUUGUCUGGGAAUCCAUCGGCUAAGCCUGUGGCAAUGAUUCCAAACCAUCCAAUUCGAGGAAUAAUAAGCUAUAAGGGAAAGAAGGUAGCUGUACCGGAGAUUCGAGGAUGGGAAAAAAAUUAG